UCCUCAUCUUCUCUUCUAUUGCAUCUCGGCAUCAGUUUUUUUUCUUCUUAUAUUCGUUAGAUUUCUAAGAGAAAACUCUAGCCCAGCAAUGGCGAUCGUAGUAGAUUGUUGAUGAUAUUUUUGACUCGAUCACUUGGGUUUCCUGUUCGUUUUCGAUCAAAUUAUUCCGACGAUAGUUGAUCGGUUUAUUGCUCGCGUUUUUUUUUUUUUUUUGGUAUUUUUGGAUGGCGGCGGUGGCGGAGCAAGCAAUCGCGGCGGAGGAUCAGUUCGCCCGCUGCGAGAAGACGGCGCCGGAAGAAUGCGAGGACGAGGUGGGGGCGAAGCUCUACCACUUGCUUUCCAAAUUGAACCCGGCCGCCAAGGAGUUUUUCCCUUCGAAUUAUGCUUCCGCCGGCGGUCAGAAACCCCACGAUCGGCUUUCCUCCGGUGCGCCCGUUUUUGUGGCGGCGAGUUCUUUUCAUGGAUAUGGACCAGCUAGCAAUGAUGGCAGCAGUAGGGAUUCCAGUAGUGAUGGUUCGGCGAAUAAUCAGCCUAAUCGCCGAAGGAGGAAUGGUUAUGAUCAAGGGCGGUGGAGGAUGAAUGAUAGAUCUAGAAGAGCUGAAAGGGAAGAUAGCAUUAGGCGAACUGUUUAUGUAUCGGCCAUUGAUUAUCAUGUGACUGAAGAGAAGCUUGCUAAAAUAUUUUCUAACUAUGGCGAGGUAGUUGAUUGUCGUAUAUGUGGUGAUCCUCAUUCUAUUCUUCGCUUUGCCUUUAUAGAGUUUUCAGAUGAGUAUGGUGCAAGGGCAGCUUUGACCCUUGGUGGUACUGUGCUUGGUUACUACAAAGUGAAAGUUUUACCUUCAAAGACUGCAAUAGUACCUGUCAAUCCAAAUUUUCUUCCUAAUUCUGAAGAUGAAGAGGAAAUGGUCAUCAGGACAGUUUACUGUACAAACAUUGACAAAAAGGUAACUCAAAUGGAUGUGAAAGCUUUCUUUGAACAACGCUGUGGUGAGGUUUCUUGUCUGAGACUCCUUGGUGAUAAUAUACACUCAACUCGUAUUGCGUUUGUUGAAUUUGCUCAGGCAGAAAGUGCAAUUAUAGCUUUGAACUGUAGUGGCAAUGUCUUAGGAACUUUACCCAUCAGGGUUAGUCCUUCAAAGACACCAGUGAGGCCACGGAUUCCACGAUCUACCUCAAAUCGAGUUUAAUUGUAUUCUCAAGUUGAAUUAUGUUUCCUGCUUAACUUGAACAAUACUGUUUUACUGCUAGCUUCUUUCUCCUUUGGGUUGUUCCUUUUGGCUGUAAGAGCCAAAGAAAUUUAGUAGACACCAGUUUCGUAGCUAAACAUAUAUACCUAGUCAGAACCUCUAAUUGAUCUAGGAAACCCUUCGAAUUAUUGACGUUCUGUUGGAACAUGUUGCCUUGGCCUUAUCUAUUACAAUCUUUGGUGUCUA